AUGGGGUGCAUCUCGUCGAAGCUCCUCCCGCCGGGGCCCGGAGGCCGCAGCGGCGGCGGCGGCGGCGGCAAAGCGCGCACCACCACCGUGCGCGGCCGCGUCGACCACGUCGUCUCCCUCACCUCCACCACCUACGGCGUGCUCGACCUCCAGACCAAGCACGCCGCGCCCGGAUCGUGCCCAGACAAGGAGCUCCCCCUGCCGCAGGAGCAGGAGAAGCCGAUCAGCCGGGAGUGGAAGCGCGCCUCCAGCAAGCUGCGCCCGCCGCCCCUCGUCCUCCCCGACGCCAAGAAGCCGGCGCCGGCACCGGACGCCAAGAAGCCGGAGUCCGGCAUGGAGGUGAUCAACUCGUGGGAGAUCAUGGCGGGGCUGGAGGACGCGGACUCGCCGGCCAAGAAACCCUCCAAGCCGGGCCGCUGGUCCCCCGCCAGGGUGCUCUCCCUGGCCCUCCCGUCGCCCAGGCGGUCAUCCGCGAAGCGGAGGAGCACCCCAGGCAAGGAGAACAGCCCGCUGCAGCGCUGCUCCGGCAACACCAACAGCAGCAAACCCAGCGACGCCGCCGACGAGGACCGGGUGGUGCUCCGCCCGUACAACUCCAUCGACAACUCCAAGCUCUCCCGGGCGUCGAAGCGGUUCUCCUCACCCGCAAGCACCCGUAUCACCCGGAAGCCCAACCCCACCGAGACCCAGGGCGGCAUGUCCUCCUCGCGCCGGAGCCUGAGCCCGCUGUUCGACCCGGAGCUCCUCGCCUCCAUCGAGCGGGAGCUCUCGGAGGACGGCGCGCACAUCAAGCGGGUGGUCAUCGGGUCCGACAAGCCCCGGCAGCCCAAGGUGGUGCCGGCGAUCGUGGCGGAGGGCCGGUGCCCGCCGGGCGGCGCGGACGCGGUCGUGCUCUACACCACCACGCUCCGCGGCAUCCGCAAGACCUUCGAGGACUGCAACGCGGUGCGCGCGGCCAUCGAGGCCCACGACGUGAAGCUCAUCGAGCGGGACGUGUCCAUGGACUCGGGAUACAGGGAGGAGCUGCGGCUGCUGCUGGGCGGCCGGGACCUGCGCGUGCCCGCGGUGUUCGUCCGGGGCAAGCACGUCGGGGGCGCGGCCGAGGUGACCAGGAUGGAGGAGGAGGGCAAGCUCAGGGCCCUGCUCCAGGGGCUGCCGCGGGCGCGGGUCUGGUGCGCCGGGUGCGCCGGCGUCAGGUUCGUCAUGUGCAGGGACUGCAACGGCAGCCGCAAGGUGCGCGUCGACGGCGACCGGAAGGAGACGGCACCAUGCGGCGAGUGCAACGAGAACGGCCUCGUCCGGUGCCCCAUCUGCUCCUGA